AUGCUCGCUUUUGAAUCGCGUCUCUCCGCCAUCCUCCGAGACUACCGCUGCAUUCGGUGUCAAACCCAGGCGGCAUGGAUCUCCGUGCGGAACAAGAGCACGACACCCAGUUCGCAACCGCCUGCGAACAAUAAGCAGGAGGAUGUACAGCCUGUUGAACUUGACCGCCCAAUUGGCAUGCCCUAUCCUCCAUUGCCAGGGCAGAAUACGGGAAUUGACAGUCGGUCAUUGAGAGAACGCCGUGACGAUUUCGUGGACUACCAAAAACAUCUCCAGCGACGGAAGGAACUAACGAGACAAGUUGCGAAACCGUAUUUUAGAGAGUGGUCGAAUCUGCGAUACAACGAAGGCAAAACGUUCAAGUCGAAUCCACGAAUCUUUAAACAAGACAAAUCCCUAUUUUUCCCAAACCUCUACGGCACAACGCUAGCAUCGCCAUCCAAACCAAAAGAUACAACCGAUGUGCUGAAAGGGAAAGUCUCGGUUGUGAACCUCUUCUCGAGUCUAUGGGCAGAGCAACAAGUGGCCACAUUCACAAACCCAAAACAAAACCCAGAGCUGCAUAAGACACUCGCGGCCGAGUCGUCAACAGCCCAAAGGGUAGAUAUCAACCUGGAGGAAAACGCAAUGAAGGCAUGGCUGGUCAAACUGUUUAUGGGAAGCAUGCGCCGAAAACUGCCCGUAGAGCAACAUGAAAGAUAUUUCCUCGUUCAAAAGGGCAUGACGGAGACGAUUAAACUAUCUAUCGGAAUGCUGAACACAAAGGUUGGAUACGUAUAUCUUGUUGAUGAGUUUGGCCAUAUCCGUUGGGCUGGCAGUGGAUCUGCAGAACCGGGAGAGAAGGAAUCUCUGAAUGCGGGGCUUUUGAGACUGAUUGACGAGAGGAAGAGACGCUCAAGCGGAGAGGAUAAAUCAGUUCCGUCAAAACCAAGGGUAGUCUCAACGCCUAGGCUGGCGUGA